UACACGACACGAGAUGAAAGACAGAGGGAGGUUACCGCUAGGUCAGUUGUCACAAGGUGCGCGCAACAGCUAACGUACUCUCCUCUUGUGUAUCAAAUAUAGUUUAGAGUUCCAGUCAGAUUUGUCGUUAAAAAUGACGCUGUUUAUGAACGCUUGCGCUUUUUUAGUCAAAGUCCUCACUAUCCCGCUUAACAUCGCAGAGGUGAUUGGACUUUUCUCUCUCUAUAAACGCGUCUUUCCUCUAAUCGUCUAUAAAUUCUCAAUCUGCUACAAUGACAAAAUGAAAGACAAAAAAAGGGAACUAUUUCGAAACCUGGACAAGUUCUACCCCACGAAAGGCUCUCUGCGUAUCUUGGAGGUGGGCUGCGGAUCCGGGGCGAACUUCGAGCACUACCCGACGGGCGCCAGGAUCACAUGCACCGACCCCAACCCGCAUUUCCAAAAGUACCUGAAGAAUAGUAUGAGCAAGAACGACCACCUCUUUUAUGACAGCUUCAUAGUAGCGUCAGGGGAGAAUCUAAAGGCGGUGGAGGACAACUCCGUGGAUGUUGUGGUGUGCACGCUGGUUCUGUGCUCAGUCCAGGAUUCACCGAAGGUUCUGCAAGAAGCAAAGAGAGUUCUGAGGCCUGGAGGAGCACUUUUCUUCCUUGAACAUGUGGUGUCUGACCCCUCAAGCUGGACUUACUUUUUUCAACAUGUUAUUCAACCCUUCUGGUACUAUCUCGAAGAUGGCUGUGAGACGACCCGUGCUACUUGGAAGCACCUCGAGGCAGCUGGCUUCUCUGACCUGCAGCUACAUCACAUCCAAGCCCCGCUGAUUUUUAUGAUCAAGCCACAUAUUGUUGGUUAUGCAGUCAAAUAAUGAAAAUUAUUUGUGACCCCAAAAAAACAAAAUUCAUUCAAAAUUCAUUAGUUUCACCCCCAGCUGUUCGUAUGCAAGAGCAGUUUGAAUUAAACCAUUAAAAAGAAAGUUUUUGUUUAAUAUGCAGACACUAAAUCUCAAGACUGCAUUGUAUAUUUUAUUGAGUACAAAAAUUCAGGCAGGUAAAACAACAAAACACUUAUAUCUAUAACAGGUUUUGGAGAUGAAUGUAGGCCAGCUAUGGUGAGGUUGUUGUUAAUUAAUAAAUUAUGGAGUUUAGCUCCAACCCUAAUCAAACAAACCUACCUGUGAUUUUCUAAUGAUCCUAAAGCCACUGAUUAGCAAACUCAAGUAUGCUUGAUAAGGGUUAGAGUUAAACUCUUUAGGAAAGUGGAUCUCGCGAGCCAGUUUUGAGGAUCAUUGUUCUAUACUUUGCAAUAUAUUUUAAUAGUCAAGAAGACCACUGUACAUUCUCCAGAUUUCAAUUUUGGCAGACACAAUUUUUACCCCAACACUUCUGACCUUUAGCUCCUCUUAUAAAAUAGAUUGUACUCAAAAAAAGUAAUUUCUUGCUGAUAAAUUAGAAAGUAGAACAAUGCAUUUUUUACAACAGACAUUUAUUUAAGAAGUUUUUUUUUUUUUUUUGAAAUGACCUGAUAUUUUAAUUUUGUCAUUGACUGUUGGAACACUUUUCUUUAUAUGGUAUGAAUAAAACAAAAUAAAAAUGAAAUGUAUAAUUCUGAAGUAAAUAUGAAA